AUGCCCUUAAGAUCUACAAGUGUUAAGUUUGAGGUGCCUUAUUCAACACUGAAGUAUAAAAAAAAUGGUAAAAGUAAAGUGGGAGCUAAAAGUGGCUCAGGCACAACUUUAACUACUGAAGAAAAAGAUAAACUUCAUGAGUGGAUCCUUACAGUAGGGAAAGAUGGCUUUCCUCCAACUGCUGAUCACAUUGUAAACAGUGUACAAAAAAUGGUGACUCAUUUAAAAAGGCCUAAUCAUUCCACCAACAACAAACCAGGGCGAGCUUGGUUGAGAAGAUUCUUAAGUCCACAUUCAAAUUACACAAAGGAGGGCAAUCGUAACAGAAAUUGGCUGCGAGCAUGGUUUAAAGAAGUGAAAACCUACCUUGCAAAACACAAUGUACUUCAUAUUGAACGAAACUGCAUUUUCAACUGUGAUGAGACAGCUGCACUUUUAAACCCCAAAGGCCAAAGAGUAGUUGUAAAUAAAAAAAAGAGAUCCACCCAUGCAAGAGUAGGGUCAAACGACAAAGAGUGCGUGAAAGUUUUAAUAGCAGGAAAUGCUGCUAGGCAAGUAGUACCUUCCUUGGUGAUGUAA